AUGUGGAGUUUUAUAUCAUCAAUACCGUUUACCCACGAUGGAAAUAAUACUACAGACUCAUUUUUAUCAAAACAUUUCGGAGGCGAUACCUCAUCACCAUCUGAAGAGGAUGAUGGCAAUAAUGAUGAAGAUAACAGUAUGAUAAUUGAAAACAAACAAAAUCCAAUAUGGCAAUGCUCUUUAGCAGGUGGUCUUGGUGGUGUUAUUGGUGAUUCUGUUAUGCAUAGUUUAGACACAGUCAAAACAAGACAACAAGGUGCACCUAAUAUUACCAAAUAUAGAAAUAUGUGGCAAGCAUAUCGAACAAUUUAUUUAGAAGAAGGUAUUUGUAGAGGUCUGUACAGUGGAUACACUGCUGCAAUGCUGGGAUCUUUACCCAGUGCAGCUGUUUUCUUUGGAUCCUAUGAAUACACAAAAAGACUACUUAUUGAUCAAUGGAAUUUAAAUGAUUCGUUUUCACAUUUGACUGCUGGUUUUAUAGGUGAUUUUGUUUCGAGUAUAGUAUAUGUUCCUUCUGAGGUAUUGAAGAGCCGUUUACAAUUACAAGGUAGAUACAACAACCCAAGCUUUAAUUCCGGUUACAAUUACAAAAAUUUGAGAGAUGCAAUACAAACAAUAAUAAAACAGGAAGGUUGGAGUGCAUUGUAUUUCGGUUAUAAAGCUACAUUAGUAAGAGACUUACCAUUCAGUGCUUUGCAGUUUGCAUUUUAUGAAAAAUUUCGUCAAUGGGCAUUUAUAUUAGAGGGAAAACUUGCGCAUAAACAUGACUUAUCUAUUGCCAAUGAAAUUCUUACAGGUGCUUGUGCAGGUGGUCUUGCUGGUAUAAUUACAACACCAUUAGAUGUUAUUAAGACAAGAUUACAGACACAACAACCUUCUACUAUCAAUGAUAGAGCUAAAACUUCCCCCUCUGUUUUAACUAAUUCAAUAUGUAAAAGUUUACAAUUGGUUUAUAUGAAGGAAGGUAUAUGGAAUCUUUUCAAUGGAAUGGGUCCCAGAUUUGUGUGGACUAGUGUACAAUCUAGUAUAAUGUUGCUAUUGUAUCAAGUAACACUUAAAGUACUAAAUCGAACACAAUAUUAUAGUAGUAAAAAUUCUACUUGA